AUGGCGGCUGCCGGCGGGCUGUGGGGCUGCGAGGACCCCGGCCGCCGGGCCGCCAUCCUGGAGCACCACGGAGACGUGCUACGGGCGCGCGCGCCCCCAGGGGCGGCUGGAAGCCCUGGACGUUGGCAACGGCUGCGGCCAUCGGGGGCCCGAGCGGAGAAGCACGUGACUCGAGGGCCGCGGCAGCGGCUGCUGGCGGGGAAGCCGCGGGGCGGGGCGUUCAGCGGGGCGGGGCCUCACGGGGCGGGGCGUCCUGCGGGGCGGGACCUCACGGGGGCGGGGUCCUCCAGGGACCCCCUGACCUGUCCGCUGGCAGAGGGGGCGCUUCCGGCCGCGUCUACAGCAGCUGGGGGCCGCCAACGCCCUCUGGAGCUGGCGGAACUGCGCUCGGCCGCCGCCUUCCGCCUCCUGCCAGACGUGCGGGCCGCGGUCAUGCAGCUGCGCGUUCUCCGCGUGCGGGCCCCGCCACGGCCUCCGGUGAGUGGGGCCGUGUCUGCGCGGUGCGCUCUGGGACAGGAACGUCACUCGGAGCAGGAGCCACGAGGUCUUGGGCAGCCUGGCGCAAGUCUGCAAGACCCCGUCCCCACACCGUCGGGCCUGAGUGCUGCUGCUUCUCUGCCCCAGCGGUGCUGGCGGCCAGCUCCGGAGGCGGCCGCAGUGCCUAGCCUGCCGGCCCGCAGAGCACCCUCAAGCACUACCUGCUGUACCUGGGCCAGGUGCAAGAGCGAGCCGCGGCUCUGGGCCGAGCCAGUGCCUCAGGACCGUAGACCCCUCACCUGUGGAAACAGCGCUGUGGACCUGGGCCAUAGGGCAGAAUCUGUGUCCAGACCUGCUACCCAACCUUAGCCCUGACCACUCACGAAGACACAAGGCCAGCCAAGCAGCCCAGGACCCAGGCCAUUCCCCUGCCACGCAGGCUGACUGAACAGGAAGCUGGCCAAGUUUGCCGAACUCACCCUGACUCGCAGGCCCACAGCCCUCCCUCUUGCCCCUGGCUCCCAUGCCUCACUCCAGGGGCAGAAGUGCAAGGGGGAAGAAAACCCAGGCCUUCAUCGUGGUGGGGAAGGGUCCCUUAUGUUCAGCAGGUGUUGGGGGGCCAGACAAGCCUCCAGAGCCCCGG